AUGAGAAACGAAUUAUACCAGUUAUGGUGUGUGGCGAGUGCAGCAAGAGGGGUAGCCAAGAGCUCAUUCGUAAGGGCCAAUUCGGCCAUGUGUGAGUACGUGCGCACGUCCAACGUCUUGAGUCGCUGGACUCGGGACAGGCAAUGGGAAGCAGCUAAGGCCCUAUCACAACGGGUCAAGAAAGAGUAUGCCGCCAAUUAG